CUACCCGGCUACUUUGAUAGCAUUUAGUAUUCAGUGACAAUAACUGGAAAACAAACCUCUGUACAUUUGAUACGUGGUAAUUCUCCAGAGAAAAGGAUGGGUGAUGAAUACAUGCGCCUAAUGGGGGCCGGUGCUGUGGCCAUAGGGGCAGUCACUACAGCAUCAGCCUACUACCUUACACGGAGUCCACCCUCUGUUCCACUGGUGUGUGAUCUGGAGAAGCAAUCGUCCAUUGUACCAGGAAAAGACAGAGCCAGGAUAUCAAAUUUGUGUACAGAUGGACAACUUAUUACUGAGGUAGCUGAUGGUGUCACAACACUCUACGAGGCAUUCAAAAGGGGUGCCAGAGUAUCAAAUAAUGGUCCUUGUUAUGGCUGGAAGCCUAGCCCAAAGGAACCAUACCAAUGGCUCUCUUACAAUGAUGUUUUGGUAAAGGCAGCUAAUGUCGGAGCUGGAAUGUUAAGUAAAGGACUGAAAGCAUCCAACAGGACAUUUGUCGGAAUCUACUCCCAAAACAGAGUAGAGUAUGGCAUCAUGGAACAGGGUUGUUAUAUGUACUCCAUGGUAUUAGUGCCAUUGUAUGAUACACUGGGGCCAGACGCAUGCUCCUUUAUCAUGAACCAAGCGGACAUUGAAUUGGUGUGUUGUGACAAAAAUGUGAAAGUUCAGAAUGUACUUGAUCGAAUUAAGGAGACGCCUCAGCUGAAGUAUAUAGUAAUAAUAGAACCUGCUACCCCAGAAAAUGUCACCAAAGCUCAUCAAUGUGGUGUUGAACUAAUCAUGUUCUCUGACCUUGAGAAACUUGGAGAACAAAACCCUGUGGAACUCAUGCCAGCAAAGUCUGAUGAUGUGUGUGUCCUUUGUUACACAAGUGGAACAACAGGUCUUCCAAAAGGUGCCAUGCUGACUCACAAAGGAACACUUGCUACGGUGGCUGCUACAAAUAAACAGUUGGAUCCAGCUGGAAUAACGAUUACACCUGAUGAUGUGUUGAUAUCCUACCUGCCAUUAGCUCACUCUUAUGAGAGAUUAUUAGAGUGCUAUCUUCUCUUGUGUGGUGCUAAAAUAGGGUUUUUCCAAGGAGAUGUACGUUUGUUGAUGGAUGACAUCAAAGAAUUAAAACCAACUUUGUUUCCUUCUGUACCUCGACUACUCAACAGAUUUUAUGAUAAGGUAGUGGCUGGAACUAAAGCAAGUGUAGUAAAAGAGUUUAUGUUCAAGAUGGCAAUGAGCAGUAAAGAAUCGGAACUUAAACGGAGUAUUAUACGAAAAGACAGUAUGUGGGACAAACUGGUGUUUAAAAAGAUCCAAGAAGGACUCGGUGGUAGAGUAAAACUGAUCACCACAGGAUCUGCCCCUCUUUCUGCUAAAGUGCUACAGUUCCUUCGAUGCUGUGUUGGUUGUCCGAUCUUGGAGGGCUAUGGUCAGACUGAGUGUCAUGCCGUCUGUUCACUGACUGUGGUGGGAGAUGCAGAUGUUGGCCAUGUGGGCAUACCUAUUGCUUGUAACUAUCUUAAGGUAGCAGAUGUCCCUGAUAUGAAUUACUUUGCCAAGGAUGAUAAAGGAGAGGUGUGUGUAAAAGGGCCAAACGUGUUUGCUGGGUACUACAAGGAUCCAGAAAAGACAAAAGAGGCCGUAGAUGAUGAAGGAUGGCUCCAUACUGGGGACAUAGGGGAAUGGUUACCGAAUGGUACACUGAAAAUCAUUGACAGAAAAAAACAUAUCUUCAAACUAGCACAAGGGGAAUAUAUAGCUCCUGAGAAGAUUGAGAAUGUAUAUGUACGCAGUACAAUGGUGGCCCAGAUGUUUGUCCAUGGUGACAGUCUGAAGUCAUCUCUAGUGGGUGUGGUGGUACCUGACCCAGACACAUUCCCACAAUUUGCCAAGACCAAGCUAGGUGUGUCAGGUACACUGGAGGAGUUGGCUAAGAACCCGAAAAUCAAGAAAGCAAUUUUAGAUGAUUUAUCAGACAUUGGUAAACAAUCUGGACUCCAUUCUUUCGAACAAGUGAAAGAUAUAUUUGUGUUCCCAGAGUUAUUCUCAGUUGAAAAUGGACUCUUAACACCAACAUUCAAAACAAAAAGAAAUGAACUGAAGACGUUCUUCAAAAGUCAGAUCGAUGAAAUGUACAGCAAGCUAACGUGAAAGGAUUUCUCUGUUAUGUGUAGCUCACAUAGGUUGUGUAAGGCUUAGUUCACAUAUUGUUUAUAUUGGUUAAUCUGUCAGUGAAUAAGUGGGUUUGAAUGUGGAAAUCUGAGGGUACAGUAAUCAUAUGGAGAUUGUUUUAUCUUGUAGGCUUGUACAAAAGAGAGCCUUCUCUACUUCAGGGCACCAAAACAUACUUUGUUCAAUCUGCGUAAAGUCUAUUUUUAGGGGAAAAAAAUGAAUAUUCUGCAAAACAAAGCUAAAAUUAGAAAUUUAGAAGAAAAUCUAGACAUAAUAACUCAAAUAAUUUUAACUUGAUUCAAGGAUUAAAAAAGAGCAGUGCGGUAAGAAGUGUUUUGUUAUUUAUUGGAUUAAACUGAUGUUGUGUUUCCAACAUAGGAAGGCUUUUUUUAAUCAACAAUGCACAAGGUCAAAAGAAAUAAAUAUCAAUCAAAAUUUUAUGUUGUUCCCUGCAUAUUCUAAAAUUCUCCACAGAAUUCUCAAGAAAUGGGGAUGUUUUAUUAAAGAGUUUAUUUGAGGGGUUUGUAGCAUAAAAUACUAUCAGCUGAAGGAAAUAGAUGGAGUUUAUAUAGAAUAAACCUUAUGCAAAUAGCAAUGUCACUGAGCCAUGGAGUGCAAGUAUGGAUCGACCAAUGGUCUAGUAUGUGAUGACUGUUGGUCAUAUGAUAGGUCAUUGGUAAUGUGAGGAUGAGACAGCUAUUAAGAAUGUGAGUAUGUGAUGGUCAUUGUGUGAGUAUGAGAUAAUGAUAAUAUGAGUAUGAGAAAGCUUUUGGUAUUUGUUAUGUGAGUAUGUGACAAACUAUGUCGUGAACUGAGGAGACCAGACUACAUUGUAGCUGUAUACACAUAUCUAUGAGAGAAAAACAUUGAUGUUAUGACUGAAUUUUAUAAUGGUAAAAAAAAAACCUGGUAUGUUCUACUUUGGUGAAUGAGGAGAUUGAUACAGAUUAAACUAAUACAUCAUUUACUAAACUGCCUGGACAUUGCAAGUCACAUAUGAUUUUAGCAGGUACAUGUAUUCAGUACAAUUCUGAACACUGUCGGUGGACAGUGUAUUACAUUAGUGAAUACUAAUAUAUAUGUACAUUGUAUUACAUUACAAUUGUGUAUGUGGACAGUAUCUUUUUUAUUACUGAACACUUAAAUGUUGGAAGUGUAUUACAUUGCUGUACAAUUGUGUAUGUGGACAGUGUAUUACAUUACUGUACAACAUUACAGAGUUUGUAGACAAUGUUUGCAGACAGUUAAAUACUUUAGAUGAGAAUUAAACAGUAACUGAUUUGUUAUUAGCUGUCCAUAGUCAUACAUAUUCCAACAUCAAAAGAAAAAAAUGAGUGUUAAAUUUAUACAAGGUACUCAAUUACCAAUCUUGAAUUUUCUUUAAAAUAACCCAGAUUAUUUCACUGUAAUAUUUUCAAGUCCCCUAAACUUUUGAUACCAACACACUUAUAACUAAACUAGCAAUACUGAAGUAUGAUAAUUCCUGGAGUACUGACAGCUCAGAUACCAGUGGUUAUGCAUCUGAUCUGACAUGAAAUAGAGAAAAAAGUAGGUCAAUAUGAGUUAGGAUGGAAGUUUUGGGUUUAAUAACAUACUUUGUUGAUAAUGUUUGUGUUAUGUAAACUUACCAAACAAAAACUGUUCAUGGUUAGUUCAAUGAUCAAGUCAAUUCAACCAUCAAGACUAGUAGUGAUUUGCAGGAGAAAUUGACUGAUGGAUGGACAACAUGGGCUGAAAACUAGAAUUAUCUAUGAUGAGUUUAUCUACCUCUGAUAGUAAAAUGUCAAAAUACUUAUAUUUCGAAACACUUUUCACUAAAGAGAGAUAACUCUGUUUUGAUAUUUUCAAAAAUAAAAAGACAUUAACCAUAUGAAAUGUGAAUUAUGAUAUUGUUCAUAUCAAAAAGUUUAAACAAACCCUGUGAAACUUCAAUUUAAAUUUUCCUUGUCAACUUGGAUUUGCCCCUCCCCACACUACCCCUCUUUUUUUUUUUUUUUUAAAGAGGAUAAUAAAUUUAAAGUUCAGACAAAAUGUAGUUUUGAAUUAAUUCUUUAGUGUACAUAUAUAUGUCUUCUCAUCAUUUAGCAUUGUGCUGUUUAAGAAAAUUGUAUUAUAUAGUUUUAAAUGAAAUUAUAUUAUACCUGUUUAUUGAAAUAUAUUAGAGAAAUACAACAUUCCAGCUGUAUACAAUAUUGUAACAGAUGGAUCAAGUUAAACAAGACAGUGUCAGGUGUUUACCUUCAGGUAAUCAUUCCACCCAAGCACAACAACAUACAUAAAUAAGCAUCAGUUUAUUCAUUUUAUUAUCUGUAAAAUAUACUGGAAUCAUCACUGAAUCAUUUAAGAGGUUUUAUAGUAAAUGGACAGACUUGAUGAACAUUGUUUGUCAUGGCUUAUUCUUAAACUAAUACUUCUUUCUGAAUAUCAAAAAACCAAUGUUUUCAUCCCUGACAAAGAUAUUUUGUGCUGUGAUUAUGUUAAGUGUACUACCAUUCAUACUAAUUUUAUCUUGGGAGUAAAAAAUAUGACAUGAGCUAUCCCUGUGUGACAUAGGUUGUCCCUGUAUGACUUAGGCCAUCCUUAUAUGGUAAAGGCCAUCCCUGAAUGACACGAGCUAUCCCUGUGUAACAGGCCAUCCCUGUGUGACAUAGGUUGUCCCUGUAUGACUAAGGCCAUCCUUAUAUGGUAUAGGCCAUCCCUGUAUGACCUGAGCUAUCCCUGUAUGACAUGAGCUAUCCCUGUGUAACAGGCCAUCCUUUGUGUGACAGACUAUCCCUGUAUGAUACUGGCAAUCCCUAAAUGACAUGAGCUACUCCUGUGUGACGUAAGUAAUCCCUGCAUAGCAUAGGCCCCUACCUUGGCCUGUUCAUGUGUAAUAACUACAAACCAUGAAUUUCAGUGAAGAUCAUAUGACAUUGCAAUCAGUUUGUAUGUAAGGGGGAUUCUAAAUUGGGUAUAUCACUCUGUUACUGCUGUUACGUCACAUGUUCAUCUAUCAUAAUCAGCUGAGAGAACAAAUGUGGACCAUUUCACAAUGACCAGCAAAACAUAGUCAAAAUAGUCUAUUUCUUCACAUGUAUGGCAGAUACCUGAUGACUGGAAAGGAAUUUUUGUUACCCUGGACCAUAAUUUGUCUCACUUUUACUUGUUUAUACCUUGUUAUCUUUGUCUUAGAUAGCACGAUUCUGCUGUCAAUCAAUAGGUAGACAUUGAUUUCAAGAAGGAACCAUUUUAAUCAGAAUGCUGUCAGUUUUAACAAGUGUUAAAACACCUUUUAGGGAGAUAUAUGAUAAUGACACAGCAUGGGUUAGAAUUAUGAAAACCUUUCACAUAUUAUAUGUUCCAACAAUUGGUACAUACAACGAAAUGCCUUUAAGAUUAAGAAGUUUGUCUGUGGUUGAAUUUAUUUGUGUUUUCAGUGCUUUACAAGGGUUUGAUGUGAAUCAAAUACUCAUUUGAAUUGUGGUAACAUCAUUAGAAAAAUGUACUGAUACAAAUGUGUACUGAAAAUAAUUUAUAGUUUUGUUCCAAUUUUUACUGGUUUAAAUGUUUAUGAAAGAAUCAACUUUUUGAAUAUUCUUAUUAAUUUUUUGUAGCAAAAUUAAAAGUGCACUGGGACAUUAUGGUCAGACGUUUGAUAGAAUGUAAAUAAAAUAAGUUACAGAAAAAGUCCUCAGUUCAAUCAUUUAUAUUCAUUAAAUUGAUUCUUGAAUAAAAAAAACUCUUAAUUUGUUGCUCUAACUUUUCAUCAUUUUCCUUUCAA